CUAGUUAAGAAGGCAGUUUGGAAGUCUGCAAAAAGAGUGCAGAGCUUGAGACGCGCGCGUUUGGACGCUUUAAAAAAAGACCGGUGCCCACACACCAGAGUAAGGGGAAAUAGAGAGGAAAAAACAGAGGACGCAGCCGGGGCUGACCAAGUGUUGAGAGAGGUUGGGGUGGCACCAUGGUGCAACACACCGACAACAGCGAGACGGACGGGAGCAUGUCACGGGAGGCGACGGACUCGGAGGAGAGUGAAUUUAUGGCGUGCAGCCCGGUGGCCAUCAACCCGGACUGGUGCAAGACCGCCACGGGCCACAUCAAGAGACCCAUGAACGCGUUCAUGGUGUGGUCCAAGAUCGAGCGGAGAAAGAUCAUGGAGCAAUCACCGGACAUGCACAACGCCGAGAUCUCCAAGCGGCUCGGCAAGCGGUGGAAGAUGCUGAAGGACAGCGAGAAGAUCCCCUUCAUACGGGAGGCGGAGCGGCUCCGGCUCAAACACAUGGCCGACUACCCCGACUACAAGUACAGACCCAAGAAGAAACCAAAGCUCGACAGCUCCAAGUCGGCGCCGUCGCCGGAGAAGUGCGGCAAAAUGGCAAAGACCCCGAGCAAGAAGUGCAGCAAGAUUAAGACCAAGAGCGGUCCCAAGUCCUCGCACGGCUACGCGGACGAGUGCAGCGGGGUGUUCUCGGCUUUCAAGGCGGCCAAAGUGAUCAAGAGCGAGCCCAGCGAUGAGGAGGAGGACGACGAUGACUACGAGGAGGACUACCAUAUGCACCACCACAUGCACCGCCACCACCACCGGGUCGCGGGGAUUAAGGAGGAGCGCCUGAGGCCGUACAACGUCGCCAAAGUGCCCGCCAGCCCCACGCUGAGCUCCUCGGCCGAGUCGGAGGGGGCGAGCAUGUACGAGGAGCUGCGCGGCUCAGCCACCAGCACCACCGGCACCACCAACAGACUCUUUUACAACAUCAAGAACAUUUCCAAGCAGAGCACAUUGCACGCUGCUUCCCUCUCACCAGCAUCCUCCAGGUCGGUCUCCACGUCCUCCUCCUCCUCUUCUUCCUCAUCCAGCAGCUCCUCCUCCGGCGAGGACGCGGACGAUUUGCUGUUUGACUUUAGUUUGAAUUUCGCCUCCAGCGCCUCUGGCUCGGAGCUGGGCAACCCCAAUUCAGGGAACCUGUCGUUGUCCCUUGUGGAUAAAGAUCUGGACUCGUUCAGCGAGGGCAGCCUGGGCUCUCACUUUGAGUUCCCAGACUAUUGCACGCCUGAACUCAGUGAGAUGAUCGCAGGGGACUGGCUGGAGGCCAACUUUUCAGACCUGGUCUUUACAUACUGAGUUAAAAAACAAAAAGUAAUAAUUCAGAGGAGAGAAAUUCACUGAUGCGUUUGUCCUGAUCAAGUUGUCCCUAAAGACCCUGCCUCCCUCCUUUUCGGUGGGGAAGGUGGUCCUGUGUUUCAGGACCAAGAGGCAAGGUGAGGUUUGAGAUGCUUAAGAAGAUGGUAGCAAAAAAAAAAAAAAAGUAAAAGCAAACACAAGUCUGCAGACUUUUUUUUAAAAUUAUCUGGCAGCAUGACAGGGUUUUCUGGAUUUUCCCUGCUGCAUAGGGGGGAAAACAUGACUUCUAUGCAUCUUAUCCUCUUUUUAGACAAACUGCAGGGAGACGAAACUUGUGGACUGACUCGAAGCAAAUCUGUGAACUGUUCAGGAUGUUACUUUAUCAGCGAGAAAAAAAAAAAAAACACACGGUUUCUGUAAUUUCUAAAUCAAAUGUUUUUGUUUUUUGUAACCGGUUCCGUUUACCUCCUCCUUGUUUGGAUCAAUUCGACAAAACUCAGCAGUGUACACACAACACGUGGGGGAAACAUUUUGAUACAUGACAGACCUCAUCUUUUUAAAAGAAAAAGUAAGAUAAUAUUUUCAGGCAUAUUUUUGUACAGUCAAAAGGGAAUGUUCUUACUGUGCUUUCAGUGAGUUUCAGGCACUUCUUCCCUUUAUCCUUUUUUGUUUUGUUUUUACGCAUGCAAGGGAGUCCUGGUUUUAAGGAUUAAGUUAAAUUAAAACUUGCAUCAAAAAUGCCUUGUGAUUUUUCAACUAGGUUUUUUUUGUACAGUUGUAGAGCAGAUUUGUUGAGUAUUUGUAGACAAUACAAUGGCGUCAUGGGGGAUACACAUACCUCAGAGCUGGAACUAGUUUCAAGAUUGUAUAUGUACUGUAAUAUAGUAAAAGUUAGGAGUUUAUGUAUAUCAUACUCGUGAUAUGUGGAUGGGUCCCGAUCGCAGGUGUGAAACUGGAUUUUUUUUUUUUUUUUGGUAUUUUUAUGGCACAUACUGUUUUUUCGCCCCUCUCAUUUUUUGUGCAAUAUAAUACUCUUUAAGAAACAGACCAUCAACAAUUGUAGCAAGUGAUGGGAAAAUUUGAACAGACUUGUGCACUGUCGACAUCCUCUCAUGUUAUGAUGCUGAAGCCUGUCCGGGCAGACAAAGAAUAAAAACAAAUCAGCUGGAACUGAUGCAAAACAAGUUCAUAUGGCCUGUGGUGUGAUAAAUACAAACACAUUUUUGAAUGUUAUUGGAAAUAUCGGGGUGGGUGAGGGUGGGGGGGGGGGGGCAAACCAGUUGACGUGACGAUUACUUCUGCAAAAGGGCAUGUGUGAUACCGUGGUGGUCAAAGCAAGCAAAAAAACAAAAAACUACAUUCCACACUCCGGUUUCAUUAAAUGAAACUUUAUUUUAAAACUGAAGACUGCCUUCUUUUUUAUCAUAAACCAUAAACCUGUAUUUUUUAUUUCUUGCACUUAAAAAGCAGUUUAUUUUUAUGUGAGUCUCAUAUGAAAUCUGUUUGAUAAAAAGCAGAACAAAUGGUUUUUGGAAUAUGACUUAAUUAUAUGCCGAGACUUUUUUUGUUUUCCUUGUUGGAAGUUCUGGGCAGUAGUUACUUCACAUUCCGAGUGUGAACCUGUCAUCUUUUUUGGAAUAAAUAACAACCUACCACCA